UGCAGGCCUUACUGUACAUGUGGGUUUCCAGCAUUGGCCCACUGCCUGAAAUGGUUGGUCACGUGAUUCUUUCCUUCUUCACAUAUCUUUCUCUGAUGGCUGUAGGGCUAAAUACUAUCCAAGCUGUUUUAAGGCUUCUCAUGGUUCUCCAGUUUCCACGCAUGCUGGAGUACGACCCAGUUGACACAGGAAGAUAUAUUCUGCUGGCUGAUCUAAUCUUCUAUCUACCUGCAGUAAGCUACUUGCUCGUUUCAGGUCAAAAAUCUCCACAUCUCGGAUUUAUUUGUGGUCUACCAGUCUCCUCACAUCACAAUGUAGCUCAGCUGUUCCAUAUCGUGAAUAUUCUUACAGCCGCUUCUGCUAUCACUUUCGUUUAUUGCUUUAAUACUUGGUAUCUAAAGCAGAAACAUGCCGCUCUCAUAAUACACGAAUGCCCAGUCAGAAGCUCAAAAGGGAAUCUACUAAGCUUGAAAAAACUCCUUCUUGGAAUAAUUCUGAUCCUGAUUCUGAUAAUAGCGGUGAUUCUCAUACAAACUCUUGGCCAAGGAAAACAUAACAGUAUAGUUCAAAGGCUCCUCACUUGCUGCGUGUUGACCGUUCUUAACAUCUACUAUGCUCAAAACGAGAAUGUGUUUGAAAUGGUGGAGAACGCAAUACAAAAAAUUGAGGCGAGGUUCGAGUUCACUGCUAUCUAUUCCAAAGCUAGUUUGUUUGUAAGAAACAGAAAAGUUACACCGGGUUUGGCCUAAAAGCUGACAAUUAAUUGUUUAAAGGGACAGUAAGCGUUUUCAAGUGAAUCUCCUUCCAUAAAAAGAUUCACAACGGUACCCUUUAAAGCUUUGGCUGAUCAAGUGUAAAUUAUAUGUCAAAGGUUAUAAAUUUAUUGCUCUCUUUGCAUGGAGGAACACUUGAAAUUACGCUUACAGUCCCUUUAAGUUUUCUUUAUUUUCUUAAUCUCAUAAAAGGUUUUCAAUUUAUCAUCGAAAUCCCAAAUUUGUCUGCACUGCACACGCGUCGAUUACAUUUUUAUAUCUUCUAAAAUUUCCAUGGCCCACAUUUCAAUUCUUUCCAUUUUUCAAUCCUAUUAUUAUCUGAAACUGUUCUCAUCAUUUCUCUUAUAUCAUCUAGAUAACUCGACAGUUAAUACGUCAAAUUAGUGUUGUUAAAGGGAGUGACCGGCAACGUAUGAUGGUUGAACUGAGUUUGUAGUAU